AUGCCUGAAGGAACGACUCCUCCGGAAUCUAGCCAUGUUGGCAAAUAUGAAAGAAUUGCGUCCGAACCCGAGAAUCCAUUCGCGUCGCUCAUCCCUGAGCAAGAGAUCGCCGUGAUCCCCUCCUUCACCCUCGAAUCCGGUGUUACUCUCCACAAUGUGCCGGUCGCAUAUACGACGAGGGGCCAGCUAUCGCCCAACCGUGAUAACGCCAUGGUCAUCUGCCACGCCCUAACCGGCAGCUCCGAUGUCGCCGACUGGGAUGAUGUCAACCUACACAAGCUCAUUCUCGACGAUUUGGGCGUUCGUCAAGUUGCCGCGGUUAUCGGUGGGUCGCUUGGCGGCAUGUUUGUCCUUGAAUGGGCCUACCUUGGCAAGGAGUAUAUCCGGUCUGUCGUGCCCAUAGCGACCUCGAGCCGCCACAGCGCAUGGUGUAUAAGCUGGGGUGAGGCGCAGCGGCAGAGCAUCUACGCGGACCCCAAGUACGAUGACGGCUACUACCCCUUUGACGACCCGCCCUCGACCGGCCUGGGCGCAGCCCGCAUGGCCGCCCUCCUCACCUACCGUAGCCGAAACUCGUUCGAAUCUCGCUUCGGGCGCAAUAUUCCCGAUCCCUCCAAGAGGCAGACGAUCCGCGAGCUCCCUCAACCCUCGACCCCGUCCGAGACACAUUUCCAUAUCCAUAAUGACGGUCACAAGAUACGGCCGCCCCCAGCGCCCCCAGCGGCCAGGGUGGCAGUGGCAGCAACGGUGCCGGGCAAGCAGGAGCAGCAGCAAGAACAACAACAACAGCAGCUGCCACUUCAGAAUUCGCAGUUGCAGAGGACCCGCAGUUCCACGGGCCCAAGAAGGAAUCGCUUACCGGGGGAGAGCAUGCCUUCGUCGACAUACUUUUCGGCACAGUCGUACCUGCGGUAUCAGGGACAAAAGUUUGUGAAGCGUUUCGAUUCCAACUGCUACAUCGCCAUGACCCGGAAGCUCGAUACCCACGACGUGUCUCGCGGCCGCGCCGACACCGUGGCGGAGGCACUCGCCAUGAUUGAACAGCCGACGCUAGUUCUGGGAAUCGAGAGCGACGGUCUCUUCACGUUUGCGGAGCAGGAGGAGCUCGCCGAGCACAUCAAAAACGCCCGGCUCGAGAGGAUUGUGAACAACUACAUUCUCGAAUUCCUCAAGGAGGCCCUACCGGAUAUCAUGGAAAGGGAAGGCGAGGCUGUGGUGGAUGCUAGUGUGGGCGAGUUGACCAAGUCCAGCACGUUUGGUGAGGCUGAAGUCGGAGACUUGACGGCUUGGUGA